AUGCGGGACUCGGAGGACAGGCGAGUAUCUCCCCACCAGAUGCGGAGCACAGGGAUUCUGCAAAGAAUUGUGUCCAAGUUCAUUGCCGAAGAUGCCCGAGUUCUAGUCUUGGAUAUUGUAGAGCCGGGCCCAGAAGACUCACAAGGUGACUUCUCGAACAACGUAACUUAUGUUAGCGGAGAUGUGACCUCUCCGGAAGACUGGCAGAAAGCUCUUGAACUGGUCACUUAA